AUGGACAUAACAAUAAACGGUGCCCUUUUUUGUACCCAGUUAGGCAUGAGCCUAAUGCAGACAUUCUUCAUGUUUUAUUAUGUCAAAGUAUUCUUGAAUAUUUACAAGAUCGAUCAGUUUUGGUUUGGUGUGGCGCAGAUAUUGUUCGCUAUUUGGAAUACCAUCAAUGAUCCGUUGUUCGGUUAUGCUCAGGAUGUUAGUAUUACGUGGUUUCAUUGCCGCAAAAAAGUGAUAUCAAUCCUGGGACCUUGUCUAGCAGGCUCUUUUUUGGUUUUAUGGUUCCCAUGGAACAGCAUGGAUGAGUCGUCGUUGCCGUAUGUUGCCGGAUGUCAUUUGAUUUUUGGUCUUUUCUUCUAUGAUGCCUUCUACAGUUGUAUUAGUGUUGCAUGGAGUGCCUUAUUCGCGGAAACAACUUGCAGUAAAUCUGAGCGUAUUUCAGCUUUGAAAUUUUCCCAAUUUGCAGUUCUUUUAUCUGUUAAUAUUGUGCCAGUCACUGAGAAACUGACUGAUGGACUGAAUAAUUUUCGUGCUUUCCAAUGCAUUGGUGUUGUUAUCGCGGUAUUAGCACUGCUUUGUUUCAAAGUUACCGGAUCAUUACGUUAUCAAACCAUAUCAGUGCAUGAAGAUUUUUCUUCAGCAACACCAUUGCAGGAAGAAUCUAAGGAAAAAAUUUUGAAUGUUUUCAAAAUAACGAAACAAAUAUUAGCAAGACAUGAUUUUCGAGCCAUUACUAUAACUUAUUUUCUUCAUGCGUGCAGGUCAACCGCUCAUUUGAACUUUGCUGUCAUUGCCACAGAAAUACUCAUCCCAGAGCAGGUUAUGAUAAAAGGAUCUUGGGAAAUGAGUCUUUUCUAUGCGGCGUGCACACUUAUUCCUCAGCUGUUUGUAAUAUUAAGUGGUAAAACAAUCAUCACAAUAGGUAUCGCGUCAGUUAUUAUGAAAUCCUUUAUGGCUUCCAUGAUUGCUUCCGUUUUCGUCAUAAUGUUUGGAUAUAAUCGUCCAUAUUUAAUCAUUUUAUUUAUGUUUUUUGACAGCAUAUCAGUUCAUUCAAUAGCUCCAUUAUAUCAAGUUUUGUUAGCUGAUUAUAUUGAUGAAGAUAUGGCUCUUUUUUCAAGACAAAAGCCAAUCUCCACUAUUAUAUAUAGCUUAGCCGCUCUGUUGGUCAGACCAGCUCAGUCUAUUGCACCAUUUAUUAUCGUAAUGAUUCUUACUCAUUAUGGUUAUAAGGUUACUAUUAAAAGUUCUUGA